CCGACAACUCGCCUAGCCAAACGUGCGGAGACAAGACCUUGCCCAAUAUGCCAUGAUCUCAUUCCCAUCCGACUCCUUGGAAAACACUGCGAACUCGAGAUGGCGCGCGUGAGUGAGAUCAUACACCAGAUAGGGUCCACCGAUGUUCUCGCGGAUGCAGAGCCGGACGAUGGCAUGACCAGUCGGUCUCGUCGUUCGGCAGUCAAGGCCCGCAAGAGCCUCAGCAGCCUACCGUCGAGCUCAAACUUCGCCUCAACCUCCGAAUUGACUCUUGACCAGAUCAACAAGACGGUCCGUACCAUUCGCAAUCAUCGCAAGCAACGGCAUGCGAAGUUGCGAGAGCUGACACGCGAGGAGGACGAGACGCGAUGGUGGGGCGGUCGCCACACUGGCAGGAGAGGUGACAACGAAGAGGGGACUGUCUGUCCUGUCUGCGGGAGGGUAAUCACGGGCGAUACGGACGUGGUGGAAGCGCAUGUCGACUCCUGCUUGGCACAUGCCAGUGCCCUUGAAGUAGACGCGGCACAUAGGAGUACACCAGACGACGAUGGUGACAUAGAUGUUGAUAUUGACGGGGAAGGAGUUCUUGAGAGCGUGACUGCCGGUGUGAGUUUCCGAGGCACGGGCUUCGACACUCGAGACCGCAACCAGCAAGAUGUCGACGAUGACAUCGAUAUCGACGGAGAGGACGAUGUCCUGUUCGGCGCAGCACAGUUUACACACAGCGAUAUCAUCCCACUUGCCAAUGGACAUCAUGACGAAGGUCCCGGGUCCGAUGUUGAAGACGAUACUGGGAAUACACCCGCGAGGCGGGAAGGAGAUAACAAAGCGGCGUUUCAAGAUCUGCUCGCGAGCGGCAAGCUCGUGCGUCGGAAAGUACAGGCGGUGGGCGACUUGAAACAAACGAUGGACGAGGUCAUGGGGGUCGGCGAAACUGAAGAGGUGGAGAAGGCCAUUAAACGCGCAAAACGAGAUAGGAAUGACGCUGCGUUGAUCAAGGCUCUGGAGAGUAAAGUCCAGCUGAUGGUCUCAACGCGGGUUUCAUCGUCAACCUCCCUGCUAUGUCGUAUAUGCCUUGAUCCGUACACGGAGCCUACAGUGUCAACGGGUUGCUGGCAUACAUGCUGUCGUGAGUGCUGGUUACGGUGUCUUGGGGCGACCAAACUUUGUCCUAUCUGCAAACGUAUUACGACGGCAGGGGAACUCCGGAGAGUAUACCUGUGACAACCGUACUUUAUU